AUGGGAAACUUCUGCAUAGAUGUUUGUAACAACAUAAAUAAUACUUUAAGAGGGGCUACUUCAGCAGGAGAAAGUAAAGGAACUAAGUAAGGUGGUAAAAAAGGAAAAUUUGUUGAUUUUAAUAUUGGUGCUUCUACAAUAUCAAAAGAAGAAUUUAAAUAAGCAGCAAAGAAAAAAAAAGAAGAGUAGAGAAAGUUAGAAUUAAUAGAUAAAAUGUAAGAGUAAGAAAUUGAAAGGAAAUUGAAAUAGGAACUUGAAAAAAUAUAAAGAAGAUAGAUGGAGAAAAGAUAUCUAAGAAAGGACUUUAAAUAUUUUGAUGAAACUACAUAAUAAAGAAUAUAUAAUUUUAGUUUAUUAGAUAAAGAUGAAUUACUUUAAUAAAUUAUGGGUUAUAGUACUUUAAGAAUGCUUAAUGAAAAGUAAUGUGAACCUUUAGCAUAUUUUCCACUUAAAAAUUCUGAUGAAUUAUUAUGGGAAGAUCACUCUGAAUAUUUGUAAAACAUAGUACUUGAUGAAAUUAUAUAAUUAGAUGAAUCUGAAAGUUAUAAAUCGAUGUUAUGGACAGGUAAAAGACUUUCUAAUUUAAAAUAAAAAUAUUUAGUUGAAAUAACUUAAAUUAAGAAAUAUGAAUAUCUUUAAUAAUUUGAAGAGAAUUUCUAUUUCAAUAAAUCAAUAUAAUCAUUAUUGUCAUUAACAAAAUAAGACACUAUUUCAUCUGAUAUUUAUAAUGUUUCAUAUCAACAGUAAUGGUUUCUCUUAAAUUAUUCAAAUAUAUUUUUAAGAGUUACAGAUAUGCCAAUAGCAACAUUGAGAGAAGUAAUAAAAAUUAGAGCUUCAUUACCUAAAACGGAAGGUGCUUAUAAAGAAUAAGAAAUUUUGGGAUUCUUAAUUCUUAUGAUGAGAGCUCUAAGAGAUGCAAAAUCAAUUUAUAUUAAUCAUGGGAAUGUUAAUGAUGAAAAUAUUUAUUUAAGUGGAGAUGGUUAAUAUAAAAUUAAAGGUUUCAAUGAAUUAAGAAUAACUAGUUAUGUUGUUAAAAAACCUAUUAGUUAAACUUUAAUUAAAAAGUCAUCUAGAAUAUAUUCUGGUCAUCAUAGUGAAGUUGAAAGUGAAGAAUUAUUGGCAGAUUAAGAUGAUGAUAGUAAAUUAGAAGAUGAAGCAGAUAAAUAUGAAAUAUGUUGUACUCAUUCAUAUUUAUAAUACUAUAUCAAAUAAGUCAAACCUAGACAUCUAAUCUUUUUUAAUGAAACUAUAAGACCUGUUAUUGAAAAAGGAUUAUUUUUAUAUUGGAAUAAAAAUAUUGAUAAAAUGAGUCAAGAAGCUAAAAAUGAAAGACUUGUCAGAAAUACUGAAGAUAUUAUAUUAAAUUCUUUAAUUAUGCAAUAAAAUUUUUAUAGUUUAGCAAUUAUUGCUAUUCAAAUGAUUAGUUUAGGAAAAUUUGAACAAUGGUGUUAAAUUAAAUCUAAAACUUCACAUCAUUCUAAUUAAAGUAACAAAAAUGAUAUCAGUUAAGCAGCCAAAUAUAUUAAAUCUUUUAGUGGAUUACAUACUGAUGAAUCUUAUCUUAAUUAAAGAGUUAAGACUUUAGAAGAAUUUAAAGAGUAUUAAGCUAAAAAUUAUAUAGAAAUAAUGUCAUUCUUAGCAUAAUAUUAAUUAAUUAACAAUAAAUAAUAAAAUUAUUAGAUUGUAAUAUUAUAUUUAUAAGAUAUGCUUAAACCAAAUUGUGAUUGGAAAAGAAUUAUGGAUUAAUUAUAAGAAGAAGAAUUUGAUCCUCCAAAUGAUAUUAUUUUCUUUUAAAAACCUAAUCUAUCAAAUGAACCAAUUAGUAAAUCAAAAAAUGAGAAAAUUUCGACUUAAUAAUCAGAUAAGAAGAAAUCUGAAAAAUAAAUUAAUGUUGUUUAAUAAGAAAAACCUUUAGCUGAUCAACCAUAAACAGAAUUAUCUGCAAUUGUAGAUUAUGAAUCAAAUAAAGGAGGUCUUUUAAUAAGAGCAUUUAAUGUUUCUGAUUAAUUUUAUGAUUUAAGAAAGUAUUUUUAUUAAGUCUAAGGAUAUAUGCUUAUAAGAAAUACUAGAAUUGGAUAAGAAGCUGCUAAAUAUAUCAUAAAAACAAUAGCUUCAUUAUAACUUAAUGAUCAUAAUAAAUUAGCUCAUUAUAAAAUUAGUAAUGCUAGUGAAAUCUUUUUUUCAAAAACUGAAUAUGUAUUUCUAAAAUUCUGUCUAGGUUUUUGUUAUAUGUAAAAUAGAGAAUUAGAGUUAGCAUAUACAACAUUUACUUCACUUGAAUCAGAUAUUUAGAAUGCUGAUCCUAAGACUUUGAAAAAGAUCAACUAAUCUAAUAUUAAAUUUUAUUAAGGACUAAUUACUUUUAUAUCAGGAGAAGGUGAAGAUGCUUUAUAGUUAUUUAAUAGAGUACUUUAAAUCUCUAAAAAUAAUCUUAAAGAAAUAAAUGAAAAAGCUUAUUAUCAAUUUAUACAUUAUUAUUUUCUAUUGCAACUUGAUUAAGAUGGAUAUUUUGAGGCAUUUAAAUAUAUAUAAUAAUUAAAUGAAUAUCAUGAAUAAUAAUGUUAAAAGUAUGAUUACAUAAGUAAAAGUUUAAUCUUAUCAUGUUAUAAUAGAGGAAAGGCAUAUUAUGAAGUAAGUUAAUUUGAAUUGAGUAAAUAUUACUUUGAUAUAUCUCUUAAAUUGAUAUCAAAUAUAACACGAUCAGGAAGUGAAAUGGAUUCUCUUAGACUAUUAAAUUUAGGUUAUUUGAGUUAUUUAAAUUUCUUAACAAAUGAUAUGGAGAAUAUGAAGUCUAAUUUAUAAAAAGCUAUGAGUAUUAUGUAAGAAGCUUUAAGUAGUUUUCAUUGUUUGGAAACAGUAGUUUUAUUUUUUAAUUUUUUUGGAUUCUUAUUAAAAUCACUUUAUACAGAUUUAGAAGAUAUGUAAUAAUAAGUUGAAUUAUUUUAAUUAACAAUUGAUAAUAAUAAAAGAGUUAAAAUAGAUUAAUUCUUUAAGAAAUUUGUAUUUGGUAAGAUGUUUUAUUAUGCAGGUGAUAUAAAAAAAGCUUAAGAAUUAUUUUUAGAUGCAGUUCAAUUAUAACAAUAUUAGAUUGCUGAUGAAUUAAGAAUUAAAUAAACAUAAAAUAUUUCUGUUCAUCAAUUAAAAGAGUUUUAACAAUUAAAAGUAUAAAUGCUAAAGGAUUAUUAAGAAUAAUAAAAAAAAUUUAAAACAACUUUACCUCCUCCACAGAGAGAUAAUUUAACUGUAAGAUUAUUAAUGGAAGUAUAUGAUUGGUUGGGUUACAUAUAUAUAAAAUAGAAAGAAGAAAAAAAAGCAAUGUUAUGUUAUAAUUUAUAUUAAUAAUAUAUGUAUAAUUUAUUUAGAUUUGAAUAAACAUUAAUAGAUGAAUAUACAAUGAGAUGGGCAAAAAUUUAAUUUUAUUUAUAAAAAUAUGAUGAAAGUUUAAAAUUAUUUUCUUAAUUAGCCUGUGAUCUUAGAAAAUAAAAAGUGGAUGAAGAUUUAUAUUUCGAAUAUUAAUAAAUUCAAAGUGAUAUCAGUAGAUGGAUGGGAUUGCUCUAUCUUUUAUAAAAUAAAGAUGCUUCAGCUAAAGUUGCUGUUGAACGUUCCAAAGAAGAAUUAAUGAAGCUUUAUAAAUAACAAUAAGUUAAUGAAAUUUCUAAAACAUAAACUAAUAAUAGUAGAAUAGGUACUUAAUUAAGUGAUCCAAAAUUAUUAUCAUAAGAAAGAGAAGAACAAGUAGGAUAUUCAUAAUUUUAAGUUUCAAAUAGGGUUGAAUAUGUAGGAACAUCAAUGAUUCAUCUCUAAUUGUAAAAAAGAAAUUAAAAGGAAUAAAAUUAUUUUAAAUUACAAUAAGCACCAAUACUUGUAUUAUUAGUAUAAAAUUAUAUGCGUGUUAUUUGGGAUUGUAUUUCAUUAAAUUUAAAAAAAUUAUCUAUUAGUUAUGUAGAGGAAUUUUUAAGUUUUAUUGAGAAGGAUAAAUAUUUAAAUACUAAUAUUUUUGAGAAUGUAUUAAAAAGCUCUAUUAGAUCAGAUGUUUAUUUUUUGGUUGGAUAUAUAUAUGGAUAGAGAGGAUAACAUGAAGAAACAUUUAUAUUUUUUAAAAGAUCAUUUAUAAUUAUUAAAGAGUUGUAUGACAAUAAUCAAUUAGAUUAAUAAUUAAUAAUUAAGAUGAGUCUAAUUUAUGAUUAAAUGUCAAGAGUUUUAGCAAAUUAAGGAUUUUAUAUUGAUGCUAAAUAAUAUUUAAUGAAUUCACUUCAAUUAUUUUAAUAAGUAAAAAAAAAGAUUAAUCCUCUUUAAAUUGCUUAUAAGCAUGCAAAUUUAGGAAAUCUCUUAUUUAAAUUAGGAUAAUAUACAGAUGCAAGAGUUCAUACAGAAAGUGCUCUUGUAAUUUUUGAAGAAGAAUAUGGUAAAGUAUCAGUUCCUGUUUUAUAAGUAAGAACAAAACUAUUAGAAAUUUUAUUAGCACGAAAUAAGAAUUAACUUAUAAAAAAAGCUACUUUAUAAUUGAUUGAAACAUUUAAAAUUGUAUGUGAGACUCAUUAUUCUACAAAAUUAGAUGGUUAAAUAGAUAGAAUGAUAGGAAGUUAUCAUCAUAAAUAUGGAAAUUAUUCAGAAGCAUUAAAUUUAUAUUUAACAGCAUUUAUUAAAUUAUUAGAUGACAAUGAAUAAGGAAUGUUAUUACUUAAUUAAUUAACAUAAGGAGAUAAAAAUUUUAAAAACUUUUUAUUAAUAAAAUCAAGUGAUAGAGCUUCACUUGAUAUUGCUUUGAAUAUAAGUUCUUUAUAUGUAGAUAAUGUAUAAUUUGAAAAUGCUUAUGAUUUAUUAAUCAAAUUACUUGAUUUAAGUAAAGGUAUUGAUUAUGAUCCUCCAGAACUUGGAAAAAUAGCUGUUUUAGGUCAUGAUAAAGAUGAAGACAUUCAUAAUAGUAAUGAAGGAAUAUUAAAAAUUAUAUCAUGCUUUAAUAAAGUUGAUCCAAAAAAAGGAAAUCUUACUGUAUUUGAAAUUAGAAGAACAGAAAUUUUCGAUAUGUUAAAAUCUAAAAGACAUAUCAAUUUACUUUUUAUUGCUGAUAUUUAUAGAUUAUUAGGAUAAAUUUUAAACUUUUGGGAAAGAUAAAGAAUUGAAGCAUAUUUCUUUACAAAUUAUACUUCAAUAUUAGCCAAAUAUUAUGGAAGUUAAUCUAAAUAUUAAAGUUAAAAAUCUAAAGUAAAAAAUGUUAGAGGAUAAUAAAUUGAUGAAUUUCAAAAUUAAAUAUUUAAUUUUCUUAUUGAUUCUUUAAUAAUAUAUCAAGAAGCUAUUGGUGAUUAUCAUAUACAUUUUGUUGAUACAUUAUAUUUAUUAUCUGAGAGAUAAUAUUUACUAGAAUAAUACGAAGAUUUAUCUAAAUAAGCUACUUAAGUAAUUGGUUUACUUAAAUAAUAAAAAUUAUCAUUUCCUAUUAAACAAUGGAGAUUAAUGUUAAUCUAAGUUAAAACUAAUUUACAAAAUUGUAAAGCAUAUAAGCAAUUAUUAUUAUUAAUUCAUCGGUAUAAUCUUGAUCCAGGUUAUAAAGAUUUAGAGAAUACUGAAGAAAAUUUAUUUGAAAAAACAAUUCAAAAGAUUAAAUUGAUGGCAAUAUAAGAUAAAAAGACAAACAAGAAAACUAAAAAGAUAAUUAAUAUAACUAGAGAUGGAUUGGCAGCUAUAGCAUGUUUAAUAAGAUCUGAAGAAGAAGAAUUUAUUUAUUUUAUUGAAAAUCUUGAAAAUCAAUAAGAAGAGCAAAUUGUUACUCGAUUAACAGUCGAAGUUAAUUUUGCUAAAUAAUAAAGAGCUAUAAAUGAUUUAAAUAAUCUAUAAGCUUCAUCUCCCUAAUUAAGAAGUUCUAAUUAAUAACCUAAGACUUAAACACCAAAAAAUUAAAAAGAAGAAAAAUCAUUUUUUGCAUAAAAGCAAAGAUAUCUUGAUACAACUAAAGAAUUAUUACCUUAACAAUAAAGAGUAUUAUUUGAAGGAUUAAGGGGUAUGAGAUAAAUUAAGAGAUUAAUUAGAAGGUAUUUAAGAAGAAAGAUGAAGGCUAAAUAAAAGAGAGAUCAAGAUGAUAAACACAAUAUAUAUUUAGAAGGUAAUGACUCAAUUAUCAGGUUUGAAAUUUCACAACUUCUAUAUGAAAUGAAAUAGAUAAAAAUUAUAAUUAUCACCUUAUUGGGAUAAUCUUACUACAACCAAAAGAACUUAGAUGAUGAUUGA